UGUAUGAUUUUUGUAACAUUAUAUGCAUCAAAUAAAUUCUUGGGGCUUCUGCAACUGAUAAGAGAGUUAGUUAGUUAGGUGGGAUUUUGAUGAUUCAUGCUUUUGAAUAUAGAAUAAUGGAAGAAAAUUAGACCCUAUCUAGGCUGACUGCAAUUGUUUGGAUCCCAUUUCUGUGAUAUUUCUCCAAUUUCAUGUGGCUUAUAUUUCUACUUCACUUGUUUAAAAAAGUCUAAUUUUACAAUUGACUCGUAUGAAAUUAAAGUUUAUUUUGUGUUUGUGUUCUUUCCUCCCUUAUUUUUCUUGUUAUAAUUCCACAUCGUAUUGACGUUGCUAGCUAUUUAAAUAUCUAAAAGUCUUGAUUUUGGGGCAUCAAGGGUUGGAAUCUUAUUUGAACUGGAACCAAAUUAAUUUUGCUUUUUCAAUAUAAAUACUAAUUUUGCUAGAAAAGUAAAUAAAUUUGUAAUCUUGUUUCAUCAAUUUUCACUAAACGAGUUUGAUGUUUGAAGAAUGAAAUUCAACUAUGAAUCUACAAAAACGUGUUGUUACCUUUUGACAAUUUUCUUUUCCUGCAAUGGUUAGGAAGUUCAAGCUGUUCAACAUUCAAAAUGUGUUAUAUUAAUAAGUUAAGGCCUAAUAAUAUGCUUGACUUCAACAUAUUUUAUAUCGUACAAGAUAUCAAUCUUAUACUAGUACUUGGUUGGUACUAUAUUAUUAUUUUCAAAUUGCAACACAUACUCCAAAGUAAUUUUAGAAUAAACUGUGAGAAUAAAAAAAUAUUAUUGUCAAUGAAAUAAAAAUAGACUCACACUCUACUCUCCAAGUAAUUUUAAGUCAAAUUAGGAUCCGUUUGAUAAGUUAUACUAAUUUACGAUAUAAAAAUAAUUUAGAUAUUAUUAUAAUAAACAUUACUAUUAUUUUGAUAAUUAAGAAGAAACAAGAAUUCUAGUUAUAAAUUUGCGUUAUUUUCCUUGUUAACAAGAUUUUUAUCACUUUUCUUAUUAAAUAAAAAAUCAAAUAAAUAUUAGUUUAAAAUUUUAAAAAUAGAUUACUUUCUUAGAACAUAAACGAACCCUUAACUUAUUGCUGGAGAUGAUAUGUAAAAUCUCAUAAAUUCGUUCAAUAUAUUAAAAUGGCAUAAAUAUAUUAUUGUCCAUUUUUAUCGCCUAUAAUGACAACGAUUGAAUACUAAUGUCAAUAUUGUAAACUGAAUUUUCUUCUUCAAAAACCAAAAACCCUAUCUUCCUUAGCAGAUCGUCUUUUGCGCCGACACAAAGAAAGGUACGUAACGCUUGUUUCUCAUCUUCAUGCAUAGGGUUUUCUUAUUCUUAUUAACACUACUUUUCUGGCUCAUCAAUAGAAUAGAUUAUAUAUUCAAUUGUCCGGCUCAUAAAUAGGAUAGAUUCAGGAUUCAUGCUGUUCUUAUAGCUGAUUUCAUGGUGCCUCUACUUUUUCCCACCGGCUCAACCCUCGUUUAUGUUCUUAGGGCUAAUUUCAUUUAUGAACUUGAAAUUUAUUAAUCCAUAUAUUGUUAUUUUAAUUAACUAAUUCUCAUUGAACAGAACAGCAUAUAUAUAUAUAUGGGGGGCGAUCUACGGUUCAUGAUUUUGAAGUACUUACCUAAGUGUAUCAACUACUAUUGUUUUGACGAGGUGGAUUUGAAGGAUGGCGCUGAAAUUAAUCUAGUAGAAUUAGAAUUUCAAGGAAAUUGUCUGCAUAAAGACAUUCCGGCUUACCCUGGAUUUGUUUGUAUCGGUGAUGCCUUGUUCAUGGCCGGAGGUGUCUUCUACGACGUCCCACAUCCCACUUUUUUCAAACAGAUAUCUCCAACAAACUACUUGUCAACUGCGCCACUACCUGUUGUUGGUUCAUCACCUGUGACUUGGACUCGUAGCCCCACUAGUAUGGAUUUAGCCCGAGCCGGCCCCAUGGUAGCCCCAUUACACGAUGGCAGGAUAUUCAUCUGCGGGGGCACUCCUAUAAGAAGUAGUUGGGUUGAGAUCUACGACCCCAAGACAGGCCAGUUCCUCCCUAGGAAAUUGCCUGCCCACAUCAAGCGUAUUCCUAUAGCAAGAUCUUGCUUUCAGUGGACCAAAGAACUGGUUAUGAUAUACUAUGAUAGAUGGGUUUACACCGAACUAGAAUUCAAAGACGAACACCCCAUGUCCUGCGACAUCGAAGGACAUCAACCCACACUCCUCCAGUACAACUUGGUUACAGACAAGUGGAUAGUCUUUGCAGAUAACAUCCCUCCCCCAAUAGAUGAAAUGAAUAAGAGGAACCUCAUCUAUGUGGGUGGAGACCUUCUAUUCAGUAUCGACUAUUCAUAUAGUUGGUUGGUCUACGAUCUGUCCUCGAGGAAGGUGGUGGGAAACGUGAGUGUGAAGCUUCCGGGUGCGAAGAUUUCGGGUGCGAGGGUUAUUGAUGCUUUCUAUGUUGGCGGCAAGACUGAUGUUAAAAGUACUAGUUGGUUCUUCUACGUAUUCAUGCCUAAUGUGAUUAAACACCAGUUUCGUGGUGUUCAAUAUGCCAAGGUCGAAGUAGUCCAACGCAAGGACGGGGAUUUGUAUGCUACAGUUCACAUGAACGGUGUCUUGGGAAUCUCUCCCUAUUCCGACAUCUACAUUAUUGCAAGCUCUAAGAGAGAUGCAGAGGAGGACAUGUUGGAGGCAAGCACAACCAGCUCUAAGAGAGAUGCAGAGGAGGACAUGUUGGAGGCAAGCACAACCAGCUCUAAGAGAGAUGCAGAGGAGGACAUGUUGGAGGCAAGCACAACCAGCUCCAGCUCUAAGAGAGAUGCAUUGUUGGAGGAGAGAGGGAAAGAGAAGGUGAUGAGAAGUGAAUGAAAGCCUGCUGGGAACUAGUAUAUUAUUAAUAUAACUAUAUAUGUAGUUAUGUAUGAAGGAGAUUUAUUUUUGACGUUUCCCUAGCUGUCACUUAUCACCUUUUGGAUGAUGAAUUAUUAGUGUAUAUGUAGUUAUGUUGGUUGGGAUCCAUGCCCUCUGUUUGGGUUGGCUCGGUCGCACCACUUGCAGAGAUGCCCUUCUUCCCCUUGGCCUUUCUCUUGGAAACUUUUUGGCCUCCUAUUUGAUUUUGUGUGCGAAAACUCUUCUCCAUAGUAUUGUUUUAGUCGAAGGAAUCGCCCCCGUUCUUGGUGUAGUUGUUGUCAGCAUUGACUUUGGUCCUCUUCAGGCUUCAUGGAGAGAGUGCAUGUUCAAUUAGGGAGAAGUAUAGCCAGCAUAAGGUGAGCAAGUUUCUUGAUGUUUGAUGAUUGUAUCAAAUGAUAGAUGGUUUUAACAAUUGUUGUUUUUGUGUAACAGUACAAAAUUGUGGCUAAGAAAAGCUGCCCUCCAUCAAUACCAAUAUAGUACUACUAAGGCUACCUUUGGACUAUUUUUUGAAAUAUUUAUAAACUGUGGACACCUUUUUGAAUA